AUGUUCACCUUCCUCAGCCUGCAUCAUGGUCCACCUUCCUCAAUCAACACUGUCUCCACCACUCACCUGCAUCGCUUCACUUUCACUCAUGCAUCUGUCACAGAUCGAAGCGCGAAAGGGGCUGGAAGUACACUCGAACACCACAGCUGGAGAGGCUGUGGACAGGCUCGACGACCACCGUCAAAGCACAUUCGAAUCCUCAAACAUGCCGGCCCUGGCGAUGAUGCUCCUGGAGGCGGAGACGAAGAGAUGGACAACAGCAACAGCACCACCAGCAGUUACAAGGAGGGAUUCACUCGGUGUAUGAGCGUAGUGGAGCACACCCUGGGGAAGGCGGGGAAGAAGGCUUUAAGAGAAAGGCUCCUGACGCAUCUUCAGGCGUGUCUGAAAACAUUGCAGCCGCCCACUUCGAAUCCACAAGCCGAAGAGGCCCCCCAGCCGGAUUGUUACGCCGAAGAGCGGCUUACUGGGGCACCGCUAGCAUCUGUGGGAAUCAAGCAGGAAGGUGCCAUCCCCGAGAGUGCCACCAGAGAGCUACGGAGCCGCCUCACAUUAGUGCCAACUCGCCUACCCACUGGUGGCAUGGCAUUCCUUAUCCAGGGAGGCAUCGACCCCAGUCUUCUCCUGCCGCAAGAGAAUAUCACGACGGAGGCUACCUCUAGUGUAGGUCCUGCCUCUAGUUUAGACAAUGCCUCUGGUGUUGUUCCUGUCUCUAGUGUUGAUCCUGCCUCUAGUGUUGUUCCUGUUUCUAGCGUUGUUCCUGCCUCUAGCGUAGGUCCUGCCUCUAGUGUGGCUCCUGCUUCCCCCUGCUCCUCGUCAGCACCUCCUUCAUCCUCGCCUCCACCGUGUCAGGAGAGGUCCACAUCCCUACCAGCCACGACAGAGCUACAGAGUGAAGAGUGUUCCAACACCACUCCUACGAUGACUUCUGCAGGUGUGGGAACUGUCGUAGCAGUUACCCAGUGUCUCCCCACACCCACACAGUGUCCAAUUACACCCACACAGUGUUCAACCACACUCGUACAGCGUUCACCUACACCCACACCCACACAGCGUUCACCUACACCCAUACAGCGUUCACCCACACCCACACAGUGUUCACCCACACUCACGCAUUGUCCAUCCAUUUCCGCACUCACACAGUGUUCACUCACCUCCACAUCCACUCAGGGUUCAUCCACCACAUCACACACCUUCUCCCACUUCUACACCACACAGUAUCUACCACGCCCACCACAGUGUCUACCCACACCCACACACCACAAUACCAGCGUCGUGGAGGAACUACCGUUGUUCAUUACUUGCAACCCCCACCCACACCCUGUUCACCAUUCGUUUCAUACCUCUUUCACACACGCACACUCGACCACUGCCACCACACUCAUCAGUACCACAAAUUUCCAUAGCCUCCAGUUACUCAUCCAUCUCAAUUCACCACACCUGCCAGUACAUUCAUGCAUCCACGCUUACACCCACACUGAACCCACUCACCUCUACACCACAUCCAUCAUGUCCACCCUCAUCCCAACCCCCAUGCCCACCCAUUUCCUACCCACCCAGUACUCAUCCAGUUCCCCUCUCCUCCAGAGUUACCAACCCACAUCUUGGCUUCAUUUACUCACUGCCCACGCCUUAGUUGCUAAGUUCUGUCCUCGUCUACCUCCAGCCCUCGCCGCCACCACGCCACCACCACCACCCAGUUGUGUCCCCACAGAUCUUCCAGCAUCCGUGUCCUCAUUCAAUCCAGUGGUGACGAAAUGGUAUAACAGUGAGGACUUAGAUGAGGUGUGUGACCCUCGAGGUGGGCAGAAGGUGAGCCGUUUUAUGAUCUGA